AUGAAAACUACCUCGUCUCCUGGAAAUAUGGAGAAUUCCAAAUUAGAACAGUUACUUGUUGUCUCAGGAGAAAUUGCCCCUAACACAGAAGUCGCCAUUGUUCCCAAAACCCCUUCUAAGCCAUCGACUGAGAAAAGUGUGAAAGUUGUCAGUAAAAAUCAAUCUGUUCCAUCAUCAUUAUCUACACCUCUUUCUCCUAAUAAUCCUACUUCUAUCAUUAGUAGUAAACCAUCAAAUAUAGCUUUUAAUUUGACAAGAAAUCAAAUUGCGAUAGGUUCAACUGUAUCAUCAUUAGUAAAUUCUGCAUCAGUUUCAAAUGUCAAAGAUGAUCCAAACACUACUACUGGUAAUCUAUUCGUAAAAUCUACUUUAUUUAAACCGCAAACACCAUCAUCAUUGCUGAUCGUGAGUUCAUCUAGUGGCGGUGCUUCUAUAGCUCAAUCGUCUGCACCAUUUGACCUAAACAGUUCUAAAGUCACUAAUCUAGUUUUCCAAAAUAUUGAACCUACUAUCACUACGACUAAUAAUUCUAUUAUAACAUCUAAUCCAGUUAUUCAUACUAACAGUUCAUUGUUCAAUCCUUUAGUUAUUCCUAAACCUAUUGUCAUUAAUCCAUCGAAUGAUUUCAAUAAUGCUUCACCAUUUAACUUGCCUCAAACUACUACUGUUUCUUUUAAAUCACCUGGACUAUCAUCACUUUUACCAACUCCAGUAUGUGGUAGUUCAGGUAUAAUGUUUGGGUCUGGACAAAGUCAAGUUAUCAGUACUGCCACUACCAAUACUGCGAUAAGUUCUUCAUUAAGUUCUCUUUUCACUGGUAUACCAUUGAGCACUACAAGUACAAUAAUUACAAAUUCAAAUACUACAACAAAGUCCAAUGUUACAUUCAACAGUAGACCAUUAUUCGGUGCACCAAAUUUGGUUACAGCCACUACUGUUGUUUCAUCAACCUGCAGCACUGGUACAAAUAUCUUUUUGUUUGGCAAUGCAAAUCAGUUGUCUUUCUUCGAUUAA